AUGACAACUCAUCAUUGUCAGCAAGUCAAUGUAGAAUGGCGUGAUGGAUGUUUGUGCACUGAUCAUUCUUCGAAAGAGGGGUCUAUCAUCUUCUUUCAAAUUUGUGUGUGUCAGCUAGAGAAGGGGUCCCCCGUUUCUGGAAAUGAAGCUGAAUCUGAUGCUGAUCCUCACGGAAACUCCAUUUCACCAGCAGCUGCUAUUUCUAGUAAUAGACGAAUUAGAUGGACUCCACAUCUUCACAACCAAUUUCUUGAAUGUGUAAAUCGUCUGGGAGGAGCUGAAAGUAAGUUUUGGACAGAAAAUGUCACUUUCGAGUCAAUAUCUAUACAUACUUCAACUGACGUCCAAGUCAUGAUUUAUUGGAUGUCCGCAGGAGCAAAACCAAAGUUAAUUCUGAAGCUAAUGGAUGUCAAAGGGUUGACAGUCUUUCAUAUUAAGGGUCACUUGCAGAAAUGUCGCAUGGCCAAGUACAUUGCAGAAUCUAAAGAAGGAAAAUCAGAGAAGAACAAUUUUGACACAAUGCCAGUGCACAACCUCAAAACACGCAGCUGAAUGUACAAAAGCGACUACUACAACAGUUGGAGGUAGCUAUUCUGAAAAUGUUACGUUCUGUCACAUUCACACAUACACGCACAUGCAAACUUUCAGAAGUCUGCACAUAAAAUACAGUGAUAUGAAAGUAAGUUUUCAUUUCAUCCUUCUUGAAUUACACAUACAGAUGCAAAGAAGUUUACAGAUGAAGAUUGAAGAACAGGGAAGGCAGCUAAUACGCUUCUUAGAGAAGCGUCUUAAGAACAAAAGUUGAGCAUCCCUCUCAGAUCCUCCUAUAACCCAGAACUUCUAAUGUCUUAUUUGAAGUCCAAGCCAAUAUCUUCCUUUGCAUCUGCCAACCUCAGUGCUCUUAGAGUGAGAUAUGUGCCAUCCGGAUGCAAAAUAGGAGGAAGCAUUCAACUCCAGAACAUUUGGCCUUCGUCUUACACUAUUGUAUUUUUAAAGAAAUCGGACAAAAAAUUAUUAAAAUGUUGACUAUGGAUAUUGAGCUCUAUGGUCAAAACUUACAGCUGUAAUAUUCUAUCAACUAUUGGUAAAGUUUUGGAAAUAAGAUAGUACUUUUAUGCAAUAUAUGAAUUUAUUUGAUGACAUGGGAAACUUCUAUAUAACUGUGUUGAUCAUGCUAUGGAGAAGUCUUUUGUUCAUUGAUCGUGAUUCGCUCGUCACAC